AUGCACGCACCCACGCAGCGAGACACGGGCACGCACCCGUGGACGGGCGCGGAGCAGCCCCAGCCCAGCGGAGUCCGGCUUUUUUUUGCUUUUUCUUUUUUUUGGGGGGGGGGGUGUACCCCCGAGGGGAAGCCGCCGCCGGCUGCAGCUCUGCCGGCCAGGCGCUUCGCAACAGCUUGUUCCAGGGGUGGCACCGCCUUCGCCCUUCUUUGCCCCCACCCCUUCACCCUAAAAACCUGCCCCUGCCCCACGGCCCUUCAGUCAAAAACCCUGACGGGGACUGGCGAACACCUCGGGCUCCGAGCUCGGCCGUGGGACCCGGGGGAGCUCGGCGGCGUUCCUUGUCCCCGCCGCAGGCUGCGGUUGACCUUGAGCCGGGCGCUCCGUGCCCGUGGCUCGCUGUCCUCCUCUUAUGAAUGUCAUUGCCAUGAUGCGAGCGCGACAGUGGCAUCGGACCGUCCCCAGGUAGAGACAACCUGUCACACGGGGAACGGUGCAACUGGGGAAAGACAGACACGGGUGAAUACAGCUUCUCUCCUCUCGUUUGGGGUGGAUGGAGUUUGCCCCUUCUCCCAGGUACCAAACAGCAUUGAAGAUGGCUGUUGCAAAAGGAAGCAUAUUUUUUUCGUUUAUAUGAAGAUGGCUGUUGCUCAAGGAAGCAUGUUUUUCUUUCAUAUUAUACGUAAUUAGGGUAUGGCAACCAGAUGAAAAAUACUUUGCUGGAGAAUAUACCUUUUCUUUUAAAAAAAUGAAUCAAUGUUUACCUUUGUAAUAGUAAAAUGCUUCUUGCUGAGAUUCUUUUUUUCAGUUGUUACAAUGAAUUAUUCAUUCACAGGAUUAUUUGAAUCAUAAUUAUGAUGUAUUCAUUCAUAUGGUUAACUAUUGAGAAACCCUUUAAAAACAGCUUUUGGGAGGGACAGAAAAGCUCCUGAGGUUUGCAAGAGGAGACAGGGCAUGUCUACAUUGCAAUCACUGCUGUGGCUGAGCUCAUCCUGUGCCGGGUUUAAACGAGCAAGCUUCAAGCAGCAUAGCAGAGACAGCGUGGAGCUCCACAACGGUUUGCAGGACGAUUUUUCAGCCCACGCAGACAUUUCAUGCCGCCACAGCUCUGGUCUUCACGUUACCUGAGCUAGCAGUGUUACAGAUAGCUGAGGUGCCUCCACCCUAACUGCAGUCCCAUCCAGCCACGUCUACCAGCUCUGCUCACCUCCUACCACAGUCCAGCUCUGAGUAGGCAACAAGGCUGCUCUAUACCUCCCGGUUCUCGCUCCUGAAAGCCCUUAAGAAGUCACUGUAUUUCCCUCUGUGUACUUACGCUGCACCUCAGACUCGGUAUUAAACCCAUAAGCCUUUGCAAUGUGCAACUAAACUCUUUUUAGCACACAGCCUGUUCCCAAACUGAUCUGCACCACACUGCCUGUGCAGCCGCACCCCUCACUUCUAUAUUAAGCGGCGAUGCCAGCUGCCACCAUUCAGCCUCCGUGCAGAUCUUGCUGGGCCAGCAUCUUGCAAUGGUGCACAAUCUGCAAAGCUGGAGAAGAAUGGCAAGGGAGACCCAAAGAUGUCGGGGAGGGGCAAGAGGCGAACCCCGAAGCAGCACUCCAGAAAACCACACAGCAGUACCGUAACGCUCUCUGCAGAGUGAUUUGGCUGCUAGGUCUGAAGCCAACACCACAAAACCAGUGCCGCCUAAAGGUGCCACUAAGCUUCUCUUUGAGGUAGUGGCUGUGUUCACAUCUCCAAGCUCAGGUAUGGCGUGUUGCUAUGGCUCAAGAUUUUAGGAUGACCACAUCCUCCCCCAGGCUAUAUCGGUCACUAAUGCCAUGGUGCACAAAUACCCUUCAUAGAUACAUGGGAAAAACUGUUGCUGACUCUAGCACAGCAGGACAUUCUGAUUCUGGGCUCUCAUCCUGCUCCAGAAGCUGGAGGGACAU